AUGGCCGCGUGGGGCGGCGCGUUCCGCGCAACGCGCGCGGCGUGGAAGAAGCGGAAGGGGCCGAUGCUGAUGCCGGGGCUGCUGGAGGCACAGCAGCUCGCCGUGGCUCGGCAGCCGGAACGUGUGCUUCGGAACCGAGGCUUGGUGGAGAUCGGGCAGGUCUGCCUGCCGAACGCGCUGCAGCAGUCGAUUAAAGCCAUCGUCGCGGAAGAAAGCAUCCGCCUUCUCGGCCUCCCACCCCCCAACGCCUUCGAGAUCCAGCCGGGGCCCCCUUUCCCCCCACCCCUUUCCCCUCAUCGCUUCCGCCGGUCCACCCCAGGCGCAACCAGUUCCGCGCACGUGCACCGCGACGUGCGCCGGUUGAUGGCCGCGUACGACGCGUUCUUCAGCGGGUGGCCGCAGCCGUCCGCGGAGCGCCUGGCGGACGACACGCGGGAGCCGCCGUUGAUGCGCGAAAUGGACGUGGGGCGCAUCCCCGACGCGCGGAUGGCGCGGCUGCUGCGCGGAUGGGAGAAGAACUCGUGGGGGAAGAGCGCGGAGGAGGGCGGGGAUGGGGACGCGCGGGAAACGGCGGAAAGGGGGAAAGGAGGGGCGCGGGAGCGGGGGGAGAGGGGGAGGCGCGCGGUGGAGUAUGGGGAGACGGAGGCCCUAGCGUACGCGGCCGCGCGCAUGCCGUCCUCCUAUGCCUCCGUGUUCCGCGCUCUCACCGAGGUGAAGCGGCGGCUGCCCUCACUCGCGCCCUCCUCCCUGCUCGACUUCGGAUCCGGGCCUGGCACCGUGAUGUGGGCAGCGAGCGAGGUGUGGGGCAGCACGGUGCAGAGGGCAGCAGCAGUGGAGCCCGCUGAUGCCAUGUGGGCUAUGGGGGAGCGCAUCAGAGCAGUGGCAGCGGCGGGUCCCAGGGCCCCGCGUGCGCUGCCCCCAGUGGAGCGAUACACCACCCUGCAGCACCUCUCAAGGGAGGCACGCGGGGCCGACCGGGUGUUUGACGUUGUGGUGGCGGGACCCCCUUCCCUUGCCCAAGCCAAUCACGCCUUUCAUACCCAGCUGAUCCUCUUGUGCAUCUCUGUGCUUCUGCUCUCCGUCCUCCUGCGCCCUCUCCUGCACUCUGCAGCGUUGUCUCCUCCUCCCCUCCCUUGCCUUGCCUCCCCUCGUCCUGCUCACCCCAUGCCCCCUCGCCCCUCCCACAUGAGCCAGAAAGCAGCUCGACUGGCUGAUAGGGGACCCAGCAAGAACGCACCACACCCCUCCAAACCCAUUCUACCGCCCGGUGCUCACGUGCUCGCCCCUUGUCCACACGACGGGCACUGCCCCAUGUACGGCACGGUCAGCUGGUGCCACUUCUCCCAGACGCUGCAGCGCUCUGCCGUGCAGCGCAUUGCCAAGGUACGGGGCACACAUCCUUCCACUUGGCCUUGCUACUCCGCUCUUCCCUUGUCUCUCGCCCUGCAUUCUCUAUCAAUCCUUGCAUCAUGGGCAUUCCCCCUCUAUCAUACCUUUUUUGCUCUCCCUCGCCUCACCACCCCUCUCGCUCCUUCACCUGCCACAGAGGGCAGCGGGGCAGGAGAUAACGGGCAGCACGGAGGAGGAGAAGUUCUCAUAUGUGGUGCUGCGCAGGGGACCUCGACCCGAGGUGGUGGCACCGCUGCAGCAAAUAGCCCAGUUCCGGAGGGAGGAGAAGGAGAGGCAGGCAAGGGAGGAAGCAGAGAAGGAGGCCAAGCGCCUGGCCAAGAAGCAAGGCCCAUCCCUCAGCACACAUCCACCAUGGCAACCCUCACAUGCCUGCUGCUUGCCGUUCCCGUUCCGUCCUUCACUCCCCUCUCCCCCACUCCUCUUCGGUGCGCCCCUGUGCUGUGUUCACCACCAGCCAAGUGGGGGCCGACAGUGCGGCUCAUCCCCCUGGACGAGGGACCCGUGGACGCAGAGGGGGGCGCGCUGCAAGGGGACGGGCAGGGUGAAAUGGAUGCAGGUGAUGAAGGGGAGCGGGUGGAGGAGGAUGAGGAAGAGGAAGAGGAGGAAGAGGAGGAUGUGGAUGAGGAAGAGGAGGCGGACGUUCGACCGAAGCACACUCCUGUGAGCUCACCAGACGAAGAGAGUGGGGAGAUGGAGGGCAGUAGGGAUGGUGAAACUGACAUGGACGGGAAUGUCACUGACAGCAGUGGUGAGGGUGACAAUGGUAACGAUGAUGAUGACUUGGAUGAUGAUACAAUCGAUCCCGAAUUAGCCACUGACAACCCGCCACGUGGCGACCGCUUUGCGAAUCUGAGUCCCGAGUGGAGCCGUGUGAUUCGCAAGCCGAGGAGGCGGGGGCAGCACGUGAUAGUGGACGUGUGUGCUUCUGUGGACGGCAGGGGGCGGCGCGGCGAGCUGCAGCGGCUGCUCUUCUCCAAGGCUGCUGGGCGUGUGGAGUACCGGUUUGCACGCAAGGUGCGGUGGGGUGACCUGUGGCCCAGCAUGGGCGAGGCACAGGAGGGCGAGAAGGACGGCAAGAGCGAGGGCGCAGAUACAAGUAUGAGCACGUAG